GUGUAAACUGUAAAGUAAGGCAAAAUUUUUGAAUCCCCCAAAAAUAUUCGGAUCCCUCUUUCCCAAAAUUUGGGCGCUGGAAUUUCCCAAAAAGCAUUUGGCAUCCCCCUCUUUUCAACCCUAUCUCAUUCAAUUAAUUUUAGCCACACCAUAUUUUUUAGAUGACUCUAGCCUUGCUGAAUUUCCAUUCCCCCCCCCCGCUCACUGUACACAUAUAUUUUUUGUUAAACUGUUUGUUCUGUAUCAAAUUGCUAAUCCAUAAGUAUUUGUAUCGACAAAAUAUUUGGGCAUCUGACUCGGCGUUGGUUCGGAAUCGAGGUGUGUUGUUCUUAUUAUAUGUUUCUUAGAUUUGUUUGGAAUCAAUCCAUAAGUAUUUGUUUCGUAGAUUUGGAAUCAAGGUGUGAUGUUCUUCAAUUUGAAUAAAAUUUUAUCAUUUCUGCUGAUAAAAUUUUUGCUGUACUUAUUCUUUAUAAUUUUUUGCUGUCAACUUUUCCAAGAUGCUUGAAUAAGACCCAAAUGUUUUGUUGAAUGUAUCUUCUUUCUUUUGUAUGGAAUGUACUUGACUAGUAUUGCUUGGGCUUGGUCUUAGUCAUGGAUUUUUUUGAGUUGGUUUUGCGAAUUUGUUGGGAAAUACACUGGAAUGGAUUUUGUGCAUCAUGAGGUUGUUACUGCAUUCUAUGGUUUAAUUUAUGGCUGAAUUUGGUGUCUCCUUCAUGCUACUUGGUGUUUGUCUCGCCACCUUUUUGGAUCACUACAUCACUAGCCUACUAUUCUUGUGGGUUGUUGUCUUGAACUUUAAUUUGUUUCUAACUUAUGUGUUACUAUUUUUGAGUUGUAAUUAUUUAUUGAUGUAAUUAUUUGAAGUAGUCUAGGAUUGAAACCGUCUACUACGCACGUAACCAUAAUUAUGGUUAAGCAUUUGACAUUGAAGUUUUUGUUUGAUUUCGGUAAUAAUAAUUUACAUGUUACACGAGGGCAUCAAUGAAUGAAGGCUCAGCACUCGGGCCUUGGCCCUUUGGCAUGCCAGCGGAUAACCUUAACAUCUAUAUAUAUUACUGCUUGUUUUGUCCCUCUUUUUUUAGCCCUGCACCCAACAGAUUGAGGAAGCAUCUUUAGAAAAGAAGUCCAAGAUGUCAACUCAAAGAACAAGACCCCCUCUAGUGCAAGGUCUUGUUUCAGAGGUUGUUACUGCCCAUUAUGUUUUUUGUGCAUCAUGAGGUUGUUAUUGCAUUCUUUUUUUUGUUCAAUUUCAUAUCUUUCAAUUUGAUUACCUCUUAUACUUUGGAUAUAUGUGCUUUGGAUAUAUGUGCUUGGCUUGGUGUUAGGGAUACUCUGCAUACUCUUUAUAAAUUGGAAAUUCAAAUUUGGCUAUUGAAGCGCAGCCCCUCAUUUUAAAUUUUGGCUCUUCAAAUUUGGCUCUUCAAAUUUUGACUCCUUAUAUGUAAUUUCCAUAUAUAAACACACCAAUUUAUAGCCCCUCAUUCCUUAGCCUUAACAUUUUUAAGAUUUCUACAUAUAAAAAAUUUACAUUUUGUGUUUUAUUUACUUUAUUACCUUGGUUGUUUUCAAUGGCAGAUCAAAGAUCCAUGUACAAAAAAUGUAUGAAGAGAUGAAUCUAUUGUGGAUGGUAAUGGUGAUGCUGCUAUGCCAAAACCAGUAGUGCGAAAGACUAAGAGGGGUAAUGAUGUUGUUCCCUCUUCCACAAAGGCAAAGGGUUAAGCUUAAGUCAUUGGGGAGAGUAAAACCAUGGCUAAAAACCAAUCUUUGUGUAAUUGGCACUUUUACCUUCAAUAUUUGGUCUUUUUACGUGGUAGUUAAUAAUCUACUAUUUUCUUCCUUGCACUCCGUAUUGUUUGAUGAUAUUUAUAGUGGUGGCAUAGCAUAUGCAAUGAUGGUAAUUGGCCUUUGGAGGCUAAUUGAGUUAAUGACAAUACAUAUCUUUGACCUUUGGAUUUAAGGAAAAGCUAAUGUUUUAAAUUAAUUUCAUUUUGUUUCAACAUUUAAAAAAAAAACAUUAAUGAUAUUUUUGGGAUUAGAGUGUCAAACUUAACUACUUGAUAUAAUAUUUUUUUAGUUCAAUACUUUAAACUUCUUAUCUGAUUGAGUUCGAUUGUUUAUAUUUUUUUUAUCUAAACGGCUAGACCGGUAAAGAGGUUCUCAUUAUUCAGGUAAUCUUGAGAUCUGGGAUGGAUAAAUUUGUAAUUAGAGAAAAGAAGAAUUUGGCAUUUGUAAAUGAUAAAGGCAAGAAAAAAGAAGCAUCUUCUUCUCUAGAUAAAGAAAGUGUGAUUUCAAAUGAUGAUAUUAUUGCUGAUCCGGGAUUAAGAAAACCAAUCAAUAGUUAUCCCUUGG